AUGCCGACCGAAUCACGCGCGCCCCGACUGCUUCCCCAGAACCGCAAACUCCGGCACCUUCAGGGCAUCUACCUACGAAACCUCAGCUUUCAGCGGCCGCGCGGCCGCACUACCGAUGAUGUCGCCAUCCACGCAUCGCCGAAGAAGUCCGAUACUCUGAGAGAAACGCCCAAGCUGCAUCAUGCAUUGUCAUCAGAAGACCUGCGGCCUAAGAUGCGGCGCAGGAGCACCACCUUGACGCAGGAUAGCCCCGUCUCUGAGCAAAAGAAGCUGGAGGCGCUCUAUAACAGUCGCAUGGCGGAUGCCUUCUUUUCAAUGCAUGUGGACGGUGAAGAUGAUCCGAUCUACAUCAGCGAAACGUUGGAGAGAAAGACAAACUUUAACUUUCUCUUCUUUGAUCUUUCGAAGCACGGGAGCUCCGUGACGCGUUCCCCGCUGGUAACGAUCAAAAUAUGGGCAAAGCGAUACGUCGGUUCAAAGGAAUGGUUUCUACAUCAAGAGGACGUCGUGGACCUGCGGUCUCUCAACUUCUUGGGCACUCUUUUGAACCAGCGCUUUCCCCUCAACGGCCUGAUUUUUCAUCUCGAGGAUGGCAUCUAUUCUCUCGACCUUCCGGCUCGUAAGUCAAAGCCGAAGGCCACAGCAACGCUGCCGACGUCCUCCUAUAAUGCACUCAUGAAGCUUGCAACUCUGGACAGUUCUAUCCAGGAUGCUCUUUCCACACAGGAGCACAUUACUACACGAAUCAAUGAGCUUCUUUCCAAGCAACCGAGGAACGAUGCGCCACUGGCAGAAGAGAAGGUGAAGCUCGCUCAGAAAUACGUCUCUCAGCAGGCCAAGAGUGUCAAGUCAGCAGAGAAGAGACGCGAUGAACUCAAAGCUUCCUUAGAAGCGAGGCGCGAGGCCAUCGCCGCUGGCCGCGAAGCGCAGGCCAAGGCAGAGCGGGAUAUUGUUGCGGCGCGUGAACCGCUGGAGAGUUCCAAAUCAAUGCUCGCACAGACGCAGGAGCAGAUCCGCGGCCAGCGGCGGCGCAUCUGCUCCGACCUGGCCAACAUCUUCCCCAUCACCCUGUGUCCUUCAGGCGAGCCAUUGUCCUUUCAGAUUUGCGGCCUCCCACUUCAGAAUACAUCGUACGACAGCCCGUCGUCCAAGAAUCCAAACGAAGAUGCCAUGUCGGCCGCCCUCGGCCACGUGGCCAUGCUCACCCACAACUUGCAGUACUACCUGCGGCACCCACUGCCCUACGACAUCAACCCCUUUGGUUCCCGGUCCACCAUCCGGGACGAAAUAUCUGCAUUUCAGGACACCCCGGCAUCCAGACACACUCAGGGCGCCUCGUCCUCGCUCGGAAACAACCCAGCCCGUGAAUUCCCACUCUAUCUUCCCAGGGGCGGCUCGACAGCAGCCCACUUCCGUUUUGAUUACGCCUGGUUCCUCCUCAACAAGGACAUCGAGGCCCUCUGCGCCCAUCAGUCGCUGCGCGUCGUUGACAUUCGCCAUUCCCUCCCGAAUCUGAAGUAUCUUCUCUAUGUCUGCAGCGCCGGCACCGAGGACGUGCCCGAGCGCAAACGGGGUGGCGUCAGGGGCUUGUGGGCCGGUCAUCUCAAGGGUCGCAUCACGACGGGAGACGGCGAGGCAGACGGCAGCGUGACGGGUAGCAGACCCAGCAGAGCCGAUGGACAGGCCGCUGAGAGUCUCAGAACGGCGUCGGAGGAUUUGGGCCUCGGCUUUGACGAUGGACACAUGAAGGUUUCCCUCCGGACCAAGGGGUUCACGGAGAACGUGGGUAAGUGA